CAAGGACUCAGAACAAGAGUGCUAAAAACUGAAAGUGCCGAAAGAUGCAAAAAUAGGCACUACUUACUAUUUAUUUUCAUCAGAAGGUGAUAAUAUGUUUUGGAUUUAUAUGACUAUGACAACAGCAGUCAUCACCCAGGUGACUGCGAGCUGCCCAGCCCAAUGUCAGUGCCCCGGGGAACCCCUGAUGUGCCCGGCAGGUGUGAGCUCUGUGCCUGAUGGGUGUGGCUGUUGUAAGGUGUGUGCUGCUCAGCUCAACCAGGACUGUAGCCCACUCAAGCCCUGCGACCACCAUAAAGGCCUGGAGUGUAACUAUGGCAACGAUGUAACCACAGCUGAGGGCAUCUGUAGAGCCAAACGUGAGGGGCGCACUUGUGAGUACAACGGCCGGAUGUACCAGAAUGGGGAGAGUUUUCAAGCUGGUUGUAAACACCAAUGCACUUGUAUGGAUGGGGCUGUGGGCUGUGCUCCUCUGUGUAACAACAAGCUGCCCCUGCCCUCCCCCACCUGCCCCUUCCCCAGACUCAUCAAGACCCCCGGGAGGUGCUGCUCCACUGUCACCUGUCACAAAGGAACCUGGCAUCUCCCAUGGAAAAAGAAGGUGCCUCCUCGGAAAGACCAUCUGCCCAGACUGAAGCUGUCCAAUGAACUGAAGGACGACUGGGGGAAGUACGGACUUCACUACCUGCCAGGGAAAAAUGUAAUGUCGAAGAGGACCAAGGAGAAUAACUGUCCAGUGCAGACCACCAGUUGGUCCCAGUGCUCCCGGAGUUGUGGAAUGGGAAUUUCAUCUCGAAUCACUAACAAAAACCCUGAGUGUAAACUACAGAAAGAGACCAGAAUCUGCACCAUACGACCCUGUCACAGCCUUAUUAUUCCCACAAAGAAAGUUCAGAAGUGUUCACCAACCCAAAAGGCCCCAGGACCACUACGCCUGUCCUAUGGAGAGUGUGUGAGUGUCAGGCUCUACCGGCCCAACUACUGCAGUGUGUGUGCAGAUGGACGCUGCUGCUCACCUCGAAAAACACGCACUGUUCCAGUGAUGUUUGUCUGUCCCAACGGAGAGCGCUUUCAGAAGUCAGCCAUGUUUGUACAGUCCUGUAAAUGCAGCACUGACUGUGGCCAUCUCAAUGAAGUAGCUUUGCCCCCACAACACUGGAUGUACGGAGACACACACAAGUUCAUUGACUAGAUUUGGUGUUUCCUGGGGGGGAUGAAGACAAUUUAAUGUAUAUGGCUCCAGAUGUCCCUGGUAUAAUUAAAUUCCACUGGCCUUGUGGGAAAGUGAGUAAAAAGACAAAGGGACAUAUCUGAAUCCCUCAACACUUUGCUCAAGUUGUGAGGUCAUCUCCCCAGGAAGAAUCAAGAGCAACAAAGCACUUUGCACAGUGAUCUUAUAGAUCACCUCAUUAUUUACUGGCAUGUACAGAAAUACAACAUAGUAUAUGACAAGGCAGCUCUUCUUGGCUGCUGUACAGAGCAAGAAAGGUUAAUUUGUGUUGUGGAUAAAUGAAUGUAUAUCUCUGCAAUAAUUUAUCAAAGCAUUGUGAAUCCUGAAUGUUUUAGUUGGAGGUAUGAUUAUUAAUAGAAAUGAAGAGUAGGAAAUUGGACCAAUAUCAAAUGUUUCUUGUGCCUUAUUAGGAUAAAACUUGUAUUUUUGUCUGCCUUUGAUUAAAUAAAUAUUGAUGGCCAGUGGCCA